UCCUCUGCUUUCUUAUGAACCCAGGAUGAGCAGCAAAGAAGACCCGAGCAAGGGCUGUCCGGCGGCUGCUCCCAUCUCCAGUUUCACCAUCCAGUCCAUCCUGGGCAGCGGCAGCGCCGAGCCCCCUCCCCGGGAGGUCGGCGGCAGGGCGGCAGCCUGGCCCACCCGCGGCCGGACCCUCUCCCUUUCCUCGGAGGACGAGGAACCGGAGGAGAGCUGGAAGCACCGCGGUUGCUUCUGCCCCGAAGCUCGGGGCCCCGCCGAGCCGUGCCACAAACACCAGCCCCUCACCUUCACCUGUCUCGGCGGCGCCAAGGGGAGCGGAGCGGCGGCGGCGGGCAGCGGGGAGCGGGGGCCGUUCCUCUCGCCCCCCUCCCAGGACUGUAAGGAGGAGAAGGAGAAACCCCUGGGACCUUCCUCGCCCUCCUGCGGGGACCGGCAGCGCGACGGCGGGGACCGGCAGGCCGGGGCCGCCAAGAAGAAGACGCGCACGGUGUUCAGCCGCAGCCAGGUCUAUCAGCUGGAGUCCACCUUCGACAUGAAGCGGUACCUGAGCAGCUCGGAGCGGGCCUGCCUGGCCUCCAGCCUGCAGCUCACCGAGACCCAGGUGAAGACCUGGUUCCAAAACCGCAGGAACAAGUGGAAACGGCAGCUCUCGGCCGAGCUGGAGGCGGCCAACAUGGCCCACGCCUCGGCGCAGACUCUGGUGGGGAUGCCGCUGGUGUUUAGAGACAAUUCCCUCCUCCGAGUGCCGGUGCCCCGGUCCAUCGCCUUCCCCGCCCCUCUCUACUACCCCGGCAGCAACCUCUCGGCCUUACCGCUCUACAACCUCUACAACAAAAUCGACUACUGAGCCGCCGCGCUCCCCUCCCCGCGGCCGCCCCGUCGGAGCCGGAGCCGCCGCGGGGGCUCCUUGAGGGAUCUCGGCCCCCCCCCGUCCGCGGCGGGGACAGAGGAACGAAACU